UUUAUGUUCUGUCAAAACAGGGAGUCAUUUUCAACGACGCUGGGUGCUCGCAAUUGAUCAUUUAAAUUUUAAAAUCCUUAUAGACGCAAAUGAACAUAAUGGAACCAAUGAAUUUAGGAAGUCCACCAUCAAGUCCAGCUUCCCCUAACCCUAAUUAUUUGCCUGCCUUUUUGAUGGGAGAUUCUCAACCUGCAUCGCCGAGUCCUGCAAUUUCGCCAGGUCGCAAUAAAACUUCACUAUUGAAACAUCAAUCAGGAUACAGCAAUACUCCAACCAAUCUUCGACAAAAAUUGUUUAAUCAGUCUGUGAAUGAUUUUGGGGCACAAACUGGAAUGACACCUUACAGCAGUCCAGUUGUAGAGAAAGGAGGCCCUCCAAAGCAAGGUUUAUUUGAUACAAUGGAUUCUAAACCAAAGAGUCCCAUUUUAAAUAGUACAAUGCAGAAUUUCAAUGAACCUCCUAUGUUUUCUCCAAAUGAUAGUAUAUCAAGAAUAGGGAAUGAUAGUAUAAAUUGUUCCAAUAACUUUAAUGACAGCAGAUUGAUGUUCCAAAAUAAUCCAACAUUUAAGUCUGAUCGAGUGGAUACUUUAUGGGUAACAAUUUUUGGAUUUACUCCAAGCACAUCUAGCAUUGUUCUUGCACAGCUGGCAAACUGUGGAAACAUUGUUGAAAAGAAAUAUCCCACACAGGGGAACUGGGUUCAUAUUAAAUUCAGCUCACCCCAUGAAGUUGUUAAAGCUUUAUUGCUCAAUGGAAAGUUGAUAUCGAAUUACAUAAUGGUUGGCGUUAUGCCUUAUUAUAAUAAAUUGGAGAAUAACAAGGAAAACCACGACAAUACUACAAUGUACAGCUCGCCAAUUCGCGCUAGGUCUCUCAGGACAUCUUUUGUUGUACCUCAGAACUCUAGCACAGUUCUUAGUCCACAAAAUGUUCCCCAAAAAUCGACUGGAAUUGUUACAAAAGCAAUGGAAUAUGUUUUUGGAUGGUAAUUUUGCCAAUAAUUUGUGUUUCUUUAAAUAUUUAUAUAUAUUUUUUUUAACUAUUACAAUACUAUAAUAAU